AGCCAUUUUGGCUCAGGCAGCCGGCGCGCGCCGGCUUCGCCCGCGCGCGCGGGCGCGGGCGGCCGCGGCCAGGCGAUGGCCCAGACGGAGCUGCGCCUGGACGGGCUCGGCAUCCGGCGGAUCAACGAGGUGCCCAGCGGGGUCGAGGUGAUCUCCCUCACGGGCAACUGCCUCCGCGGCCUGGGCGCCGUGGCCUCCUGCGACCUGCUGCGCGAGCUGGACCUCUCGGGCAACCGGCUCGACGAGCGGGCGCUGGCUCCGCUGGGCGAGCUGCCGCGGCUGCGCGUGCUGAACGUGUCCGGGAACCUGCUCCAGGACCUGGCGCCGCUCUUCCCCACGCGAGCGGCGUUCCCUGCGCUGGAGGCGCUGGACCUGUCCGGCAACGCGGCUCUGGCGGACGUGGGCCCGGCGCUGGAGGCCCCGGCGCUGCGGGCGCUGGCGGCGUCGGGCCUGGCGCUCACGGAGGCCAGAUGCCGCCCGAGCCAGACGCUGGAGGUCCUCGACCUGAGGCGCUGCUGCCUGCAGGCUGUCUCUGGCCUUGCCGCGCUUGCGUCACUCCGGGAGUUGCUGCUCGACGGCAACGCCAUGCUGGCCUGCGACGACGUGUCGGCGCACCCCGUGCUGCAGACGCUGCAGCUCGGGCACAACGCCGUGUCGCAGAUGCCCGCGCUGCGCCUGCCGUCGCUGACGUCCCUCGACGCCGCCGCCAACGACCUCGCCGGCCUGCCGGACCUGGGCGGCGCGCCGCGCCUCUCGUCGCUGAGCCUCUGCGAGAACACGGUGGCAUCGUUGAUGCCCAUCGCGCCCCUCCGCAACCUGGGCCGGCUGAUCCUGGACGCGUCGCGCAACCACUGUCCCACCUGGAGCCGUCGCUGGCCAGCGCCCUGCAGCAGCUGCGCGUGCUGCUGCUGGCCGGCAACCGGAUCGAGCGCCUGGAGGACAUCGGCGAGGCUUUGCAGCGCGCCUGCGCGCCCGGUGCGUCGCCAAGACUCGAGCACCUCGACCUGCGAGACAACCCGCUGAGCCUUGCCUUCUACCCCAUCCUGGACCUGCCGGCGUGGACCUGGGACGCGGACAAGACGCUCUCCGAGGCGGAGGGCCUCGGGGAGGUGCGCCUCGACGAGAGCACCCGGGCCGCCCGCGCGCGCUACCGCGCCUCUGCCGCGGCGCUGUGCCCGGGCCUGCGUACCCUCGACGGGGCGCUGGCGCUGGCGGCAGAGCGGCAGGUGGACGUGGAGUGGCCGCUGGGCAGGGACGGCGACGAGGUGGUCAUCGAGACGCCUAGGCAAGAGGGGCGGGAUCUCCUGCCGGAGCUGUCGCCGGACGCGCCCAGUUGGGCGCCGACCCCGCCACCAGGCGACGCCGCCCUCCCCGGGGCCCCGCGCCUCUGGGCCGGUCCAGCCGGUGCCGCACAGCCGCGCUGGCCGCUCAGGGGAGAGCCCGACGCCGCGGCGCGCUGGCCUGCCGCCGAGGCGCCGGCCGUUUCAGCGGCGUGGCCCUCCGACGGAGAGCCGGCGGCGCUCGGGGCGGCGCGCGGGGCGGCGGCCCACGCCUGGGCGGCGGCGGCGGGGGCGCCUCCGCGGCAGCGGCCGCCUGCGACGCCGCCCUCUGGCGAAGGUUCUCGCGGCAGCAUCCUGUCGCCCUCGCCGCACCAGCAGGCGGACCGCGCUGCAAGCAGGCAUCGUGCUGGCGCCGAGGCGAGCCGCCCAGCCAGCGGCCCGGCGUCGCCGCUGCGCGCCAGGCCCCACAGGCAGCAGGGGAGCCCCAGCCCGAGCCCGGUCGUGGAGGAGCUCGACGCGCUGCGGGUCCUGAACUCGAGCACGAGCCGCGGGCAUCGGGGGAGCCCGAGCCCGAGCCCGGUCGUGGAGGAGCUCGACGCGCUGCGGGUCCUGAACUCGAGCACGAGCCGCGGGCAUCGGGGGAGCCCGAGCCCGAGCCCGGUCGUGGAGGAGCUCGACGCGCUGCGGGUCCUGAACUCGAGCACCAGGGUCCUGGAUCCGGCCUCCACGCCCAGGGCCGCGGGCCAGUCCCCUGUGGCCAGGUCCCCGAUGGCCCUCCAGCCGGGGCCCCAGCAGCUAUCGGAGGGCAGGCGCCUGACACCCAGGGCCGCGGAGCGGCAGCUGCGUGCGCACGUGGGCCAGGGCUUGGCCGCGGUGGCUUUUCCGUGGCCCGCUCCUCCGGGCGCUUUUCCUGGGGCGCAGAGCGCUGCUAGUGGCCUGCGGAGCGCGGCAGGGGGCAGGUCGGAGGCGCGGUUGCCGACGCCAGGCUCGGCGCCUUCGGCCUGCAACGCCGCCGCCAGCACCCACGAGCCGUGGGCCGUGGAUGCCCUGUCGUCUGCGCCAGAGGCGCACGGGCACUCGCCGGAAUCAGGCCGCCCCUGCCAGGUACGGGACUUCGAGGCCUUGCCCGCGCGCGGCUCGUCCCCACGUCUCGCGCGGGACGCCCCUGGCGCGGCGGUGCCAUUUGCGCCGGAGUUGCGCAGGCACUCGCCGUCGCUGGGCCGCCCCUGCCACUUCGAGGCUCUGCCCGCGCGCGGCUCGUCCCCACGGCUCGCGUGGGACACCCCUGGCGCGGCGCCUUCUGCGCCGAAGGCGCACGGGCACUCGCCGUCACUGGACCGCCCCUGCCAAGCAGGGGGCCUGGAGGCUCUGCCCGCGCGCGGCUCGUCCCCGCGGCUCGCUUGGGACGCCCCUGCCGCUACGGCGGCCCGCCCUGCCUACCGGCCAAACGGGGGGCGCUGCGCCCGAGGCAGCGACCUCUGGUACCCGGCUCUGGAGGACGGGCGGUGGGGCUGCGCGGCGCGUGGCGCCGACGAGGCCGUGGGGUCGCGCCCUGCGCCGCUGGCGCCGCCGCCUCGCGCGCGAGGCAGCCGCGCUUCCGACCCCUUCGAUGCGCCCUCCCUGCCAGCGGCCAACUGUGGCUGGCAGUGCGGCCGCGGCCCGCCGACGGGGUGCUUGGCGGCGUGGAGGCAGAGGUGCUCGCGACAGGAGGAUGAGCGGCGGGGCGGCCCGGCGCCCGCGGCGGGCAGCGCCCUCCACGGCAGCGGGCCGCUGCCGUGGCCCGCGGUUGCCAGGCACGAGAUUUCGGACGCCGCCGUGGGCCUCAGUGAGCGGGCGCCGCACCCGGCGGCGUGCCACCGUCGGAGUGCGCCCUCGCCGCCGACGACCCUGUGCGCCACGGGCGCCACGAGCGCGGAGGCGGCCGUGGUCGCGCCCGCGGACGCGAGGGCGAGGGAGGCGAUCGAGGAGCUCCUGCCGCAGGUGUGGCAGGGGCCGUGCGGGCCGAAGGCCUGCGGCCGCCCCCUCCUCGGCCGCGCCGUCCAGACGGGGCUCCCGGUGGCCCGCGGCGCUUUCCAGCGGCUCCUGGAGCGGGAGCGGGCGUGGGGCGGCCAGCGCCUGCCAGGCGUGCCGGCCAGGCAGCACGGCUUCCUGUGCGGCGGCGCUCGGCAGCUCGCCCUCGCCGCGGCCUCCCCGACCGGCUUUGCGCCCCUGCCCGAGGGCCGGGUGCUGCUCUUCGGCCUGGACCUCCGCAGCGCGGAGGCGCUCGCCGACGCCGCCCACCGGCCGCCCCGCCUGGUGCCCCACGAGCAGCUCGGGGAGCAGAGGCGCGUGCUGAUCGUCGAAUUGGCCCUGGGCCGGUGCAUCACGGCGCCCUGCGCGCUCGAGGCUCUGGCGGGGCUCGGCGCCGAGGCGCGCGGGCGCGGCGAGCCCCUGCCGCCGGCGCUGCGCGCCGCGCGGGCCAGCGGCGCGGACUCGGCGUACCUCCCCGCGUGCGGGGCCGUCGCGGUGUUCGAGCCCGAGCGCGCCCUGCCCCUCUACCUGGCCGAGUACGGCCACCCGCCCGCGUGCCGCGGCGGCCUGCCGGCGGCGACGGCGGGCGCCUGAGCUCGCGCGAGGGGCUGUCGGCACAACCGACUCUCCGCCCCUGGUCUUUUCGUGAGAUCCUGGCGCCUCAAGUGUUUCGGGCCGGGCGU